AUGUCUCCUUCUUCGAAGAAGUUUAAGAAACAAUCUUCCUCCAAAUCAGUUAAGCCACCGCUAGAAGAUAACGAUCCGUCCUUGCCAUCGUUUACUUCAUUGCCCGACGAAAUCGUUUUGGACUGCUUGCAACGUGUCCCAAGAAGCUAUUACCUAAACCUCUGUCGAGUCUCCAAAACCCUAAGGUCCCUUGUUCGGUCACCUGAGCUCUCCCGUUUGCGAACUCUCCUCCCAAAGAAUUCUGUCUACGUCUCCUUCAGCCAAAACAUAAUCAAUGUUCCACCAGAUACGAUCUACCGUUGGUUCACUCUUAAGAAGAAGACGAUGAAGACGGCUAUGAAGACGUUUAGGUAUAAAUUGGUCAAGAUUCCGAUUCCGUUCCCUUCUCAUCAUUCUAUGUACAACUCUUCCGCGGUUGGGUCAGAAAUCUACUUCGUAGGUGGAUCCUUCGAACCGAUGUCGGAACUCUGGAUUCUUGAUACUCGAACUGGAAUGUUUAGACAAGGACCAAGCAUGAAGGUUGCUCGCACGGAUGAAGCAUCCGUGGGAGUAAUCAAUGGAAAGAUAUACGUGAUAGGAGGUUGUGAAGACAAGAUACAAGUAGAAGUUUAUGAUCCGAAGUCGCGGAGUUGGAAAACUACGAAAGAUCCUGAGGAGAAAACGCAGCGCGGAUUGAUGACUCGGUUAAGUGCGGUGUCGCUGGAUUGGAAGGUUUACACUGUGGAAGUUGGGAGAAUCGGUGUGUAUGAUCCGAGAGAAGCAGGGGUUGAUGGGUUUUGACGUAAAGCGCAAGGUAUGGGUUAAAGUGGUUGGUUUGAAGACACUUAAUGUCAAGUUUGAUGUCUCUGUGAUGGCGGAGUACGAUGGAAAGCUAGCGAUUUUGUGGAGUGAGAUUGAUCAAACGAAGAUGGAGAAGGGAUUCGCGGGACGAUCGAGUGGUCUGGUAUUGUGGCCACAAUGACAAAUAUUCAUUGUGAGUUUCAUAAUUGUUUAGUUGUUUCUGAUUGAUAGUGUUUUGUUGCACCAUCAGAAAACUGGUUUAACAAAAUAGUUUAACCAAAUUUGUUUAACUCAUGUCAUCACUAUCAAA